AUGUCCGCCGCCAAUGAACAUGAUGAGGUGCCUGCCGCAACCAGGGCCGAAGAUGGGACCGAUCGGAUUGGAAGCUCUCCCCCGCUCGUUGGGGACCCCACGGCAACUGAAGGCCCCUCGACCACUGAAGAUUCUCCAAUCACUGGAAACCCAUCGACCACCGUCACGUCGGUGAUCGCACAGCCACAGCUACGACACCCUUUCUACACGCUUCCAGCAGAGUUGAUACUCGAUAUUGUGGACUAUCUUCCAGCUGAUGCUUUCAUCAACUUUGCUUUCGCCAACUACCCGCUACUGAACUCCUAUGGACUGGCUCCUGCCCUGUCUCGGCCACGCAUCUUGUACAUAACAACGCGGACGCGUAUUCCUGCCUUGUUCCCACUUCUGCGUAUGCCUCCGGAGAUCAUGCUCCAUAUCAUGCGCCACCUUAAGCCCAUCGAUAUCAUGCGCUUUGUAGUGGCCAACUACCAGGACUUGGCUCGUCAGGGAAUCGCACCUGCAUUGACCCCCGAGACAAUUUUACAGUUGCGCAACGCAAUCAGAGUGCGUCUCCUGGGUGGAGCAACAGGAGAUGCGUCGUAA